GACUCCCGCAUGCGUAUAUGUAAAGCGUUUGCGUGCAGAUAACUGGUGUAAAUAUGGCGUCACAAGAGGACGAUAACAAAAUAGAGUGCAUUUCAAACAUAAACAAACAGCAAGAAAGAUCCUUCUUAAAUGUUUAUAAGGUGAAAAACACAAUUAUCGUGCUUAUAGUUCAUUAGUUUAUAUAAUUUUCGCAUGAUUAUUGUGACGGCAAGUGUGUAGUUAUUCAUUCGCAUGGCCGCCAUGUUCCAUCGGUGAUAUGUACAGAAAAUAGAAGAAUGUGGCCAUCUUAAAUAAACCACAACAAUUUCGUCAAGUGGAGUUUUGGCUCGAUUGUGUAGACUGAGUUUUAUUAAAGUGCCUCAAUUGAUAUGUCAUCUUGGUAUCCUCCUAUUCGAAACAAUCAUUUAUAGUUGUUUGUUUUAAUUGCUUGAUUCUACGUUACAUCAAGAUGAAUUUUGUACAAGGAAACCAAGAUUAUUUUGCACCCUUCAAAAAACAUGAAUAUAUAUUGAACAAUAAAAGUGAUUCUUUUGAAAACAAAAUUGAAUCCUUAAUAGAUGUUUGGAAAAGCAUUGGAGAACUGAACUUAUCUCAGUUUGAUCUUCGUCAUGUUAUCCAGAUUAUGGAUUGGGCAAAACUACAUGCUUUAAAUAUUGUUCUUACAGCAGAAUGGAAUCAUUUUAAGGCAACUUAUCAGUCCAAACUGUUGGAAGAAAUAGAAAAGGCGCAGAAUGAAUUACUUAAGCUAAAUAGUGCAUUUGCUACCCGUUGUAAAAAAUUAGCAGAUGUAGUGAGAAAUCCUUGGGAAGAUCCCAUUCUAAUGAACCUUAUGAAAACAAAGGACUCAGAAAUUGGAGUUGAAGAAAUCGAAUUUUUUUGUGUAGAAACAGCUUAUUUGAUAUCAGUUCGAUUGAAGAAACUUUGUGAAUCCCAUUGUGAAGAUUUAGCUCUAAAUUUGGUUACUGCUUUUAUGAACUGUAAUAAGUUAUCGAAGACUCAAAAUUUCAGCCUUAAUGCUACAGAGACUCAAAUGUGGUUCAUUUUUGAUAUUUAUAUUGCAUUGUUAUACAAAUUUCAAGAUAAACAUAAAAUUGUAGUUCUGUUGAAAGAACUGACUUUUGGUGAAGGACUUCAGCUGGUGAAUAGAUUUGCUAAAAAACGUGUCAAAAUAUCAAAAAUUUGGAAAAAUUGUCAUCGGGUUGCUAUAUUAGCGGUGCAAAUGUAUAUUUCCCAGGCCGUUGUUAAAUAUACUGAAGAAUUGAAAGAAUUCCUUGAAAGUUAUUUAGAAGUUUAUAUAUCUCUUUGUAAUUCAGAUGAGCUGUUACAAGACUUCUCGUCAUCUAUUCGCCGUAUUAGCAAUUUGGCAGAUGCUGCUGGGUUAUAUGUAUUCUGUGCAGUUAUUCAAAAAAGGGCUGGACAGAAGUUGAAACCUUUUGUAAUUGAAAUGUACAUACGAGCCUUAACGACUGAUAUGAAUGAAUUAGAGCGUCAAAAAGAUGCCAAUGAAGUAGAGAAAGUAGCUGCAAUUACCUCUAGAUUGGCGGCAGCGUUUUGUAAUCUAGCGAAUUUUUUAUCAGAACAUGUGAAAGUGGCGAGGGAAUGUGUGCUUACUGCUUUUAGUUUAGAACCAACAAAAGAAAGGCUCUCUAAUAUUGAACUGUUAGCAAAGAAAAGUGGAUUUCAAGUGUUAGAUACAGGUCAAGAAUGGAAAUGUAAAUUGCAUCCACCGAUUUUACCAUCAGAUGAAAUCACUUGGAUGUGCCCUGAAUGUGGAGAAUGGAUGUCAAAACCCGAAUUUAAUGUGCCUAUUAAGAUCAACAUGGCCCUUAAUGAGGCACUCCAGAACUCAAUAUUAGGAAUUUCUGAAGCUUUGUGUGAUGAUCUGGUUGUAUGCUUGUCAAAUCCUAGAUACCAAAUACUGAGUUGGUUUAUGCCAUGGGAAGAGUUACACAGACUUUGUUUGAUGUAUUUACAAGAUCCACAAGCUACAAAAAACAUAGUUACUGAAUUGAAAUUUAUUGACAUAGAUUAUUCAAUAUUCAAAGGUAUCAAACAGGAACCUCUAGACGAAUUAGAUGGAAUUGAAAGAGGAUAUGAACAAUAUUUGGAUCAAGAUUUUGUUUCUGAUGAAGAGACAAGUUCAAAUAGCGAAGAUUCGAUGUCCCAAGAUUCAAGACCUUACAGUCUUGGAAGUGACGGAGCAGGUGAAGGUCCAUAUUUGCCUAUGCUUCCAACUCAAACAAAGUCAGAUCCAAAUACGCUCAAAAGCCUAAGAAUGUUUAGACCUAAUCUUAAAAGAACUCGGGAAAAAGAAACAUGCCUUGAGACACCUGAAAAGCGUUUCAAAGCAGAUUCCAAUAUUCCAAAUAUUACUCCUGCUGUUAUGAAGUCGGUUGAUUCUUUAAAAGUGGAAAAUACAUCAGCUAAUUUAAAUAACAAAAAUAACAUUGCACCUAAGUUUGCAGCUAUACAAUAUCCGAAACCAUUUCCCACGACGAUUGAUACUGCCAGUACUACCAAUAUGACUAAAACAUAUGAUUCUGAUUUUAGUUCAAAAAACGUAAAGACUGCCACGUUGCCUCUACUUGGUGGGCAAGUGGCGAAGAAGGAAAACACAUUAAUCCAAGUAAACAAUCAACAGCAAAAGAUUCUAUUUCCAUUCUUGAAAAAUGCAUUAAUGAUAAAAAAGUGCCAACAAACAGAAAUACACAACAAGGGCAAGAUUGGUUCGGAAGAAAACAACAAAUGCAAAUUGACCGAUCACAAGGUUCAGGAUUUUCGUCUUCCUUCACCGGAUCCCAAAGUUCACAACAAUCCAACGAGUUCUACAAAAAACCAUACAAUUCUGCUAUUACCAACAAUUCUGCUCUCGGAAUACAAACAGGUUCAUCCAGUUAUCAACAAGGACAAUUUCAAAGAUGUGAUGCAAGAACAAUUAGUUCGGGAACAUCAACAACCUCAACAAUCCAAGCCAAAUCUUCAUCAGUUUCAGAUUUCAAAUCAAACACAUUCCUCAUCCAAUCCAAAUCACAAAACAGAGCAACAGUCAGCUCCUCAAUCUCAAUUGCCUCUAGCAAUCAGUCAAAGUCAAGUACUAUUCAAAACCCAUCUAUCAAAGAAAUUGGCGUCCAACCGCAACAAGGAACGAUCAGAAACAUUACAAGCCAAUCUUCCUCCUCACAUACGAACAUCUACAUCGGAUCUCUUAACCAACCCAAGCAAUACUUUAACAAACAGUCAAGAGUCAGCCAGUUCCGCUCUGCAUCAAACUCAAACAAAGGAGAUAAAAUUGAAAAACAGUCUAACCAAUUUGAUUCCAUUACCAAGCCUAAUAUCCAAUAUGAAUCAGGAAUUUAUUCCAUUGAUAAAAAUAGACAAGUUGCAAACCAGUCUGGAACAAGAUGUAAAAAUGUUAUCCAACCAAGAUCAGAAACAAAUCAAAAACAAUUGUAUAAAUUCCCAAGUAGCCAACCCAGUGAAUCACAGCAACUUGCCGAACUCCUUUUAUCAAUGUCUCAAUCCAAAAGUUUCGAAACAGAACCAAAUUCAAAAGCAAGAGGUUUUAUCCAGUCCACAUCAGGACAAAUUCAACAACCAUUCAAUCCAGACACCACAUGUAAAGCAGAAGAGCAACAAAAACGAAACACCGGUAACGAAACAGUCAGAGAAAUUUUCCAAUCAAAAUCCCAUUGCUCUCCAAAAGGAACAGCUGCUAGAACAGUCCCCGCAACAAAUAAUACCAGUAAAACAGGAGCAACCUACUCUCUUGAAUUUAUUAACGCACCACAAGCUCCAGUCAACAUUCUUGCUUAUCCCAAACUCCGAUCCCUCAUCACCACUUCUCAAAUCAAACAGCAACAGUCUUCAGUCAUUACCACAUCUCCAGUCCAUCACUCCUCAGUUGAAGUCAGUUCCCAACUCAAACAAUUCAUUCAAGGGGCCAACAGUAGUCAAAUUAAACAGUCAAACUUUACAGGAACAAGUAACUUGCAACCCAAAAAAUCAAACUAUUCAAAUGUCAGCACAUUCCACGUUAUUCAGCACCAAACAAACGUCAAAUCAAACCAGAAUGUCUCACAAUACAAACAAAAUUUUGCAGCCGGCAACAGCUCCACAACAAAACCAAGUACCUCUGGUGUCAAUUUUGAAAUUCAACUCCCAGGCACCACAAUCACCCAAGUUAGACAGCGAAACGUGUCAGAUACCAAUAAUUUCCAAGUCAAACGGCCCGUUACGAGCGCCCUCACCUCUCAACACAAGCAACAUUUCACAGUCACUCUGUACGAUACUAGUGACCAAAUUGGAAAAUCCUCAAGUCAAUUGCCCCUUGUCACCAGUCAGAAGUCAAAAACAGGAUCAAGUCAAAGAGAUUCAGGAGGAAACAACCAAUACCACGCCUCUUCAAAAUCUGUCUGCACAUCAAAACAACUCACAAAAUCAACAACCUCAGUCAACCCAAUUUACCAGCCAACAAGUUCAAAGCAGUAUACAAACACCACCAUUUCAACGGGAACAACAAUUAACGACCAACAAAGAAAAAUUGCAACAAUUAACCCUCAAAGAACAACAAAGGCACAGCAGCAGCCCAUCAAUGAAUGUUCAAAAUCAAAACAAGAACAUGGGCGAAAACAAUCAAGCCAAUCCAUCAACCAUCAAGAGCUUAUUGCGCAACAACUUCUACAAUUUGCUCAAAGUACCCAAUCAUUAUCCCAGUUCAGAGAAGUUGCUGAUUUCACAAGUCAAUCCACAGGUAACAAUUCACAAAUCAGAAGAACUUACGGACCCAGUGGAUCACAAAAAAAGUAUAGUUGUACCUCAACAUCACAAAGUAUCAACAAUGUACCCGCCACAAAUUCCUAUCAAUAUGGAAACAAGCUGUGUUCUUUUGGAGAAGGAACCAGUUUUGGUCAAUCUAGACCAUCAAACAGUCAAGAUGAAACAGGAAAUACAACAAAAGAGCAACAAGAAAAUUCGAUCUCACAAAAAAACAUCCCGAAUCGAGAAGAAAAGAAAUCGCAAGCAAGUUUGUCAGACGCCGAAGAAUUCUUGCAAUUCAUUGGAUACUAUACUAAUCAAAAAUUGUAACAAUGAUAAGGCUGAUGAGUCAAAAACAUCAAAUGAUGAUUUGAAGUGCAAUAAAGACGACAGUAUUUAUAGGGUUAAUGUGAUUUCAACUAAUGAUUAUAGUAAUGAAGGAAAUAAUAAUUAUAACGCCAUUAAGAACCAAAAUUCCAGAACCACGGCUCAAUGUAACUCUAAUGCUAUAGAUGACUCUAUUACUGAUAGCAGUAUUUUCUCAGAUAAUUUUGAAAGGCGUCCUGAAGAACCUUUAUGUCACACACGUAAUAGUUCUGCAUUAGAGAAAAAAGAAUUUCUCGAAAAUGAUGACCCUCACGAAAUUUUACCAAAGAUAAACUUGACUGAAAAUAUUAGAACAUACACAAAAAAGUCAAAAAGAAAAAUAUUAGUUGAAACUAAAGACUGUGUUAAAACACCACCCGGUGUUGAUGUAUUAGAUGAUUGUAAAAAUGUAUAUAAUGAAAAUAGUACUGAAAAUCUACAUUCCACUGUACAAAAUUCCCUGAUCGAUAGUAAAGAAUUGCAAAUUAUUCUAUGCCACCUACCUUCUAAUAAGAAAAUUGGAGGAAAGUGUGCAGGAAAUAAGGAAGAAUAUUCUAUUAUCAAACAAAAAUGUGAUAGAGGAAAGACUCCUCCAAAAAAUUCUAGAAAACGUAAAAGUUCUGACAAAUCUGAAAAUAAGGUUGGAAAAGCACCAAAUUUAGUACAAAAUCACAUUCUUUCGCCAUUACAAGACGUGAAUCUACGUGUUAAUUCUCAGAUAAAUACGAAGGUUUGUUGCGAUUUUAAUAAAGAGGAUAAAGCUCCAGAGAAAAGAUCAGCGCUAAAAUCUGUUUUAUCCAAUAUUCCAGGUCUUAAUGAUUUUCAAAUGAUAAGACCGUUGGGCGUUAAUCCAGUGGUAAAUGUUGUGCAAGUUUCGGGGGGAAGAUCAACUCAAAGUGUUUCAAUUCAGAAUUCUCAAACAAGUACACAAGUUACACCUCACAUUCAACGUAUUGGCCAACCAAGAGUUAAUGAUCAGAAACCUGAACAUUCCAAUUCGGUUACUUCUACAACCCAAACACCGACUACUACAAGUGCUACUUCAAGAACUACAACUUCCCAACCAUCUACGCUUAUCAACAUUCUUUCCCAGCAAAUAGUUAGACCAGUUUCAAAUCAAACGAAUACCGUUCGGCGUCAGGGACCUUUGAUUAACAUCUUGUCUCAACAGGUUAUCAGACCUCCUAAAACGGCAGUCAACAGUAUUACGCCUACCACAGAAGCGAUUCAGGCGAAAGUUGCGGUUACCACGGAACCGACAAUAUUAAAUAGCACAAUAAAAUCCACAAACUCCGUUGUCAAGAAUACAAAUACUGUAACAACCGGACAAGGUGGUACAAUUCUCCAGUUUAUUUGCAAAUCAGCUUUACCGAAAUUUCAGCAAGCCUUCGGAAAAACUGUCUACCAAAAUAAUACAGAAACAGCAGAUUCGCCAACUACAACAGAAGUGCCGAAUAAUGGAAGUACUGAUAGUAAGAAAACUACAACAACAACAACAACAACCACAACAACAACAACAACAACUAAAACUGUUCCGGUGAAUGUUCAACCGAUCCAAGGUAGUGUUAUAUACAGCAGACAGGUACCAGUGGGCCAGACUAUAAGUCUAAUACCUCCUGGAGGAACUACUCGACAAGUUUUUCGAAUUGCUACUUCGAAUCCUGAACAAAUAAGUCUUGUUAAAGAUAGCGUUAUACAUAGUAAAAUGAGUGCGCUAUUAGCUGCUGCACUACAAGGGCGACCAAAAAAUGCCGAUGGAGAGAUCCAGGUUAACUGCGAAGAGGUCAAAGGUGCUGUUACUCGGCCUACACUCGUACAAGGUGCUAGAAUUGUGAAGCCAGUUCAGUUACAAUUACCUUCUAACGUUGUUAGGGCCAGUCCUCAACCAAAUCUAAGCUCAACUACUCUAGAACAACUUAGAGAAUUUGAUAUGGUUUAUAAACAGAUAAAGGAGAGAAGUAACACUAGUACAUCUGAAACUAGUACCAAUUCGGGAGAUAAUCCAGAAGCAACGCCACAGAGAAUAAGUGUAACGUACGUUAAUCAAUUGCAGAAAUACACUCAGUUAUCUCCCGUUGUUGUUGUUAGUUCAUAUAAUAAUUUACAACCUGCUGCAUCACCAGCGUUAAGCGUAACUUCCCAAGGUAGCUCAAGUCCUUGUGUGACGCCUGCUUCAACUCCGACUCUUCCAAAGAUUGCCACUAAAAACUCAAAAGGAAAAACUUUGAAAACGACGUCCAACAAUACUACUACUACCACUACAAAGUCUUCACCGCUCCCAAAACCGCAACAGAAACCACAAGAAGACGAACAUACUACUCAAAGGAUAUUUGAUAUACUGGCAGAAUAUGCAGAACAAUUGAGAAACUCUCCUGAUUUGAAUAACAAACCAGCACCGCGAAGAAGAUCUAAUCCACCAACGAAUCCUAGUCAAAACGCCAAAAGGAAAAAGAACUCAUCUGGUGUUAAAAAAACAGGACAGUCGAGCAGUACCCUAGAAAUGGAUACUGAUGAUUUAACAAUUGGCAGUGAAGACAGUUCAGGAGGAGGUAUUGUUCAGUUAUCAGUAACAGAUGAUGAACAAUCUCAAGCUUCAGCGUCAGUUACAACCACUGAAUCCACCGACAAUGCAAGUCCAUCCAACACUAGACCCGUUAUAUUUGCAGAAGGUGGUACCUGUUCUAACCAAUCUCGAAAUCUCAUUAUUGCCGAUUCCAGUGUUGGUGAAGCUUUGAAAAUGCCAAAUACAGCUGUGAUCGUACCCGGUAGCUAUAUUAUGCCAGUUUCUAUGAUGAAAGGUGGUCAACAAAUAGCGGUCGUAUCAGGUGGAAGUAAGAUUCUAGCAACAGUACCGGCAAGAUCAGGCCAGAACAUGCUGUUAUUCCAGAGUUUUACAAACCAAAAUAGGAAAGGAGCUAUUUCUGCAGUGAAAUAUUCAACAAUUCAACCCAUUUCCUCACAAACUUUAACUGGCGUUAACCAACAACCUGUAAUUCUACCGUCGAAUUCUGUUGCUACCGCUGUAGCACUUGGUCAGCCUCUAACUCUCAAAAAAAUAGGAGACGACAGAGAAAGUAAUGAAUUACUUUUAACAAUUUCCCAUCCAAAGGAAGAACCCAAAGAUAAUAGCGAUAUUACACAACCUGAUAGUAGCACAAGUAUUUCUAGUGAUAGUGUUGAUAUUAAAAUAGAAGAGUCUCCGCAAUCUGAUAAUUCAAAUGAAAAAAUAUAUCAAACGUAUCAAAAAACCGUCAUCAACUCUGUAGAAACAUCGGUUAUUGCUACUACUUCAUCCACCAUCAAACAAGAAGGAACUACUCCAGAACAAACUGUCAUCAAUGUAACCUCUGCAACUAACUUGAAAGAAGCAAAACGUUGCGAGAGGAUGCAAUCCGUAUUGGUAACUGCAUGCUCUUCAAAUGGUCCGAUGCUUUCACAUACAACCCCUAGAUACCGUAAAUCUUCAGAUACUACAAGAUCGCAUACUUCAGAGCUGCCAGUUAAUAAAGAAGAUUUUCUGCAUAACGGGGAAAAGCCUAUUAGUGACCAAAAGAAUUUUCGGGGUACCACCACGUAUUACGUGAAUAAAACCAAAAAAGUCGUGUCGGAAUCGCAGAAAAUGGAUAGCGAGAUGCAGAAGCAAGCGGCAAUAGAAAGAGAGUUGAGACUUCAAAAAUCUCUUUCUGAAGAAUGCGAGGAUUUGGGAGUGGACGAACCUAGCGCAAGUGACCUGUUUCCCGAGGCUGAUCUUUUAUUCGAUUCAAACCAUUCCCCAUCGUUUGAUCAGACUUCUCAAGACAUAAUUAAAAGAGAAGCACCAGAUGUUAAAGAAGAAGUAAAAGAAACGAUGAAUUUGUUUAGUGACGACGACAAUUCAAGUUCACUUCGUGCAGAUUUGUUCGAAUACGUUGAAUAUCAACCCGUUGAAACCGCUUUGGAAUACCAAUCGAGACAAAUGAAUGGCAACACCACAGAAACAACUUCCUGCGAGGAUAACACUCUCCUAUCGAAAUGCGCCACAAUGUCUGAAGUGACUCUUAAUUCGCCCAUAUCACCUGAAAUGUAUCAAGAAGCUAACAUGCAUAAAUACAAGUUCAAAUAUAGCAAUAGAAAAAAAGGCGAAAGGAUCAAAUCUAAUGAGUAUGUUGGAGAACUUGUAACGAGCUCAGAAGAUACUAUAGUUUGUACUGAGCUGACUAAGGGUAAUUGCGAAGAAGAGAACUACAAAGUGUUGCACAUAAAUAAAACUGACCAUGCCAAAGAAGAUGAAAAAUGUGAAUUGCAUUGCGAUGAAGAUGUAGAUUCUCCUAGCGGCAGAGGUGCCAGGAGAAGUGUUAGAAAACUAUGUUCUUGUUGUAACGGUUCGCAGGAUAGUAACUUGGCAAAAAAGAGACCGCAUACUUCAAGACCACACACACCAGCAACACCGCACAAAAAAGCCUUUUUGAACAAGAAAAGAUAGUGCACCUGUACAUUUUAGCAAGUUUUAACUAGUUGUUGGUUGUUUUGUUAAUGAGUUGGGUCGCUAGUCACAUUUUAGUACAAAUAAUUUAUUGUAUUGACGGCUGGUGUAUUAGUGUCUGAGAGACUCUGAUUACUUGUAUAGUAAUUGCUACGUUUGCAAUCUUCUAAUACCUCUAAUUGUAAAUUUUCCUCGUAUAUGUAAUAUAUUUAAAUUAUAUGUGCA